AUGGCCUCGACGAGCCUCAGCAUCCUCGCCAUUAUUCCCCCUGAAAUUGCAGAGCAUGCGCUCUCCAUGUGUCGGGUGAAGGAUGUUGUAUCGUUCUCGGAGACAUGCUGGGGAGCUUAUCGAAUUGUGCACGACCCCCCGCCGCCGCAACUUUGGCGCAGACUUUUCUUGACGAAGUUCGAUGACCCGUGGAAGGCCUUUCGGAUCGGUGACAAAGCUGACACAAGCGCCGUCUACAAUUGGCGAGGGGUCCUCAUUCGACGCUAUCAAGCUGCACAAGUAGCCCAUGGCAAAGAUGUGCCACAGCUCAGCCGCAAAGACGUUCUGGAGGCAUUCUUAUCUGUCGUUUGGGACAUCCCCCCGUUGAUUGAUCCCAAAGAAGACGAUACAUCUCGGAACGCCGUCUGGCUUUCGCUCACACUCCGAAAUUCCAAGAUCAUCACGACACAUCAGCACUGGUCCGACGAGUACCAACUAGAGGCACAACUGCGGGCGUACGUAGCUUUGGGAAUCGAUUCAGCCACGCACGGCCCGAAGCUGCGGUCGGUCUACUCCCGCCUGGAAGCCAGACGUACUGGCAGCAGGACGUAUACGUAUAAUUUAGAGCACUAUAAGGAACGCAACCAUUACGGCCCGUAUCUGUAUUCGCCGAAGCGGAGGGUCAAUUGGGUGCAUGUUGAGGCGCUGAUGAACGUAGUCCAAUCCAAUAUACGUGAGAUCCCCCAUCAGUGGGCGCAAGAAGUCGCCCCGCCCGUGAAUCUCGAGUUCCUUCGAGCGAAUUCAUCAUCUACGGAGACUCAUAAUCCCGUUGAUUGGGCAGGAGUCGAGGGUUCAUGGGCGAGAUAUGUCUGUUUCAUGGAUUACAGGGAGCUAUUUGCAUUCAACUUCACGUCAAUGUACGGCGGUCCCCGCAACCCAGCCUACUUCAACGACCCGUCUUUUCGCGAAGCUACUCGCCUCAUCCGCCUCGACUUAAAACUAACCUCCCCGGACAAGCUCAAAUUUCGAGGGUCGAUGGAUGCGGGGUACGACAUCGCGGAGGAGCAGGGUGGGGAAUCGGUUUCGUCGACCAGCGACCCACGCUACCCCACAUUGUACUUCACCGGAUCUUCUAGAGGCUCCAUAGGAAACGAGGCCACUAUCGAAGGCAAUGUCAGACUCGGUGUCGACAAGGUGCCGCUUUGGAGAUUUGUUUCUAUCUACGAUGGACAUGCGCAGUGGAGCUCGGAAGGUGUGCAGAUCGGGCAUGUGAACAGUGCUAUGGGCGUUGUCGGCGUAUGGACGUCCGAUACCCAUGACGAAGGUGAUCCAGCUGGUCCGUUCUGGUUCUGGAAACCUACACGACCGCUCGACGAAGCUAACGACUUUAUGUAA